AUCAUAGCUCACAGCAACCUCCAGCUCCUGGGCUUAGGCGAUUCUCUUGCCUCAGCCUCCCGAGCAGCUGUGACUACAGGCACCUGCCACAACGCCUGGCUAUGUUGUUGUUGUUGCAGUUUGGCUGGGGCUGGGUUUGAACCUGCCACCCUUGGUAUAUGGGGCCAGCGCCCUACUCACUGAGCCACAGGCGCCGCCAGAACUACUUUUAUGUGGGAUAUCUCUUUGGUGAUUUAGACUUCUGCUAUUUAUAGUGAUUGUAUUAUGUAGUAUAUAAGCAUAGUAUUUAGAAUAAUUCAUGCAUGCUGACUUCUGUGGUUAAAGAUGCGAAAAGUAUGGCCCUGCUUUGGUGAAAAGAAAGUGGUCAUUUUCUUAAUAACCCUUAAGUGGUGCCUGUUGGAUAAACUAUGCCAAGCCAUUUUCAGAAUCACCUGUGAAGAAUGAGCUUUGUAGGUAUGUACAUUAAGACCAUUUGAUAAAAAGAACUUGUGUUUUAUUGUUGGUAAUUGUAAAGUCUUUGCUUUUUGGAAUUUUAAGUCUAUUUUGUUGCUGCUACUGAAUGCUAAUGUGGUUAGCCUGGCAGUAAACCUACAAAGAACAAGAGGAAGUGAGGAAAUGUCCCCAUGAAACAUUGCUUAAAACUAUUUGAGCAAUGGACUAAGAAUUGGGGAGCUAGGGACUAGGGGACCUAAUUUUUGUUUUAUGUUCCAGAGGAUGAGGCAUACUCUCCAUUGAAAAAUAACCUCUUGGGUGGCGCCUGUGGCUCAACAGAGUAGGGCACCAGCCCCAUGUGCCAGAGGUGGCGAGUUCAAACCUAGCCCUGGCCAAAAAUAAAAAAAAAAAAAGAAAGAAAAAUAACCUCUUAAGUAUGUCCUUACUUUGUAGUUUUGCUAUUCAUUCACCAGACAUUGAUUAAAGGUACACUAUAAUCUGGGUAUGUGCUAGGUGCUAGAGUAACAAACUGUGGACCUUGUCUAGAAGUGGAGAAAGACAGGGUUUCUAACUAACAUACUAGUAUUGCUGUUUAAGAACGAAAUAGAAUAAAGAAAGGGUUGUGUGGCAUUAUAGAAGGAGGGAGGAAUUUCUUCUCGGAAGAGGAAAGUGAUCUGGGAGAAAAGUAAGGUUAGGGAUUCCUUCUAAAUCACUUCCCCUAGGUUAGGAGAAGUUUAAGUAGGACUUUGAGUAGUUGUGUUAUUGAUGGAGAAGAGGGGCUGAGAGGAAGGGCAUUAUUAAUAGUCUGAUUUGAGAAAUAGCAAGUGGAUUUUCCUCUACUUGUUGAGUAGUGGGAAAUAAAGCUGAUGAGGUUGUACCCUGAUUAGGAAGUUUAUAAUUCUGUGCUCCCAUGUAUAUGGACUUUACAGUAUUUGGUUAUUUUUAUUUAUUUAUUUUUUAGAGACAGAGUCUCACUUUAUCGUCCUUGGUAGAGUGCUGUGGUGUCACAGCUCACAGCAACCUCCAGCUCCUGGGCUUAGGUGAUUCUCUUGCCUCAGACUCCCGAGUAGCUGGGACUACAGGCUAUUUUUUGUUGCAGUUUGGCUGAGGUGGGGUUAGAACCUGCCACCCUCGGUGUAUGGAGCCAGUGCCCUACCCACUGAGCCACAGACCUUGUCUCUGCCUGUUUCCUAGGCUGGAGUGCAGUAUGAUCAUAGCUCACUGUAACUUGAAAGGCUUGGUUGGGCUCAAGGGAUCUUCCUUCCUCAGUCUUCUGAGUAGUUGAGAUUACAGAAGUGAGGUCUCACUGCGUUGCUCAGGCAGAUCUCAAAGUUCUGGCCUCAAGUGAUCCUCCUGCUUCAGCCUCCCAAAGUGCUAGGAUUAUAGGAAUGAGCACCGGACCUCGCCUGCAUUCUGCGGAUAUGAGUGGGGUCCUGGAAGUAAUGGAUACUGAGGGACAACUAUGAAUCCAUCAGUAGAUCUUCAUGGAGGAACACGGAGUGGCACAAACUGAACACAUGGCUACCAUAGAAGCCCAUGCAGUGGCCCAACAAGUGCAGCAGGUCCACGUGGCCACUUAUACCGAGCAUAGUAUGCUGAGUGCUGAUGAAGACUCACCGUCUUCCCCUGAGGACACCUCUUACGAUGAUUCAGAUAUCCUCAACUCCACAGCAGCUGAUGAGGUAACAGCUCAUCUGGCUGCUGCAGGUCCUGUGGGAAUGGCUGCUGCUGCUGCUGUGGCAACAGGAAAGAAACGAAAAAGGCCGCAUGUGUUUGAAUCUAAUCCUUCUAUCCGGAAAAGGCAGCAAACGCGUUUGCUUCGGAAACUUCGAGCCACUUUAGAUGAAUAUACUACUCGAGUUGGACAGCAGGCUAUUGUCCUCUGUAUCUCACCCUCUAAACCCAACCCUGUCUUUAAAGUGUUUGGUGCAGCACCUUUGGAGAAUGUGGUGCGUAAGUACAAGAGUAUGAUUCUGGAAGACCUGGAGUCUGCUCUGGCAGAACACGCCCCUGCGCCACAGGAGGUUAACUCAGAACUGCCACCUCUUACCAUCGAUGGAAUUCCAGUCUCAGUGGACAAGAUGACCCAGGCCCAGCUUCGGGCAUUUAUCCCAGAGAUGCUCAAGUACUCCACAGGUCGGGGGAAACCAGGCUGGGGGAAAGAAAGCUGCAAGCCCAUUUGGUGGCCUGAAGAUAUCCCAUGGGCAAAUGUCCGGAGCGAUGUUCGCACAGAAGAGCAAAAGCAGAGGGUUUCAUGGACCCAGGCACUACGGACCAUAGUUAAAAACUGUUACAAACAGCAUGGGCGAGAAGAUCUUUUGUAUGCUUUCGAAGAUCAGCAAACACAAACACAGGCCACAACUACACACAGUAUAGCCCAUCUUGUACCAUCACAGACUGUAGUGCAGACCUUUAGUAACCCUGAUGGCACCGUCUCACUUAUCCAGGUUGGUACAGGUGCGACAGUAGCCACUUUGGCUGAUGCUUCAGAAUUACCAACCACAGUCACUGUUGCCCAAGUGAAUUAUUCUGCUGUGGCUGAUGGCGAGGUGGAACAAAAUUGGGCCACAUUACAGGGAGGUGAGAUGACCAUCCAGACAACACAAGCAUCAGAAGCCACCCAGGCAGUGGCAUCAUUGGCAGAGGCCGCAGUGGCAGCUUCUCAAGAGAUGCAACAAGGAGCUACAGUCACCAUGGCGCUUAACAGCGAAGCUGCCGCCCAUGCUGUCGCCACUCUGGCUGAAGCCACCUUACAAGGUGGGGGACAGAUCGUUUUGUCUGGGGAAACUGCAGCAGCCGUUGGAGCACUUACUGGAGUCCAAGAUGCUAAUGGCCUCUUUAUGGCAGAUCGUGCAGGAUGCAAGUGGAUCCUGACUGACAAGGCCACAGGCCUGGUCCAGAUCCCUGUGAGCAUGUACCAGACUGUGGUAACCAGCCUCGCCCAGGGCAAUGGGCCAGUGCAGGUGGCCAUGGCCCCUGUGACCACCAGGAUAUCGGACAGCGCAGUCACCAUGGACGGCCAGGCUGUGGAGGUGGUGACAUUGGAACAGUGACAAGCAGCCAUAUCAUGGCAUUGUUUUCUAGUCUACUUCAAAAUUUUUUACACGUUUGCAGAGGUGCAAUCAAAUGGAAUUAAGUCUCUCGACUUUGGAAGAAAAGUUUUGUUUAACCUUUUUUUUUAAAAGGAAGAAAGACAGCGUAUUUGAGAAUUGCAUUUUUUAAAGCACCACUUCAUUUUCUGGGAUUGGUGGAGCAAGAAACUGCAUUGUCAAUUUCACUGUCCCAAAAAAGCCAAAUUGUGGCAGGACUUCUUUCUGCAGAAACGUGUGUGUAUACUUAUGUGUGUGUAUGUGUGAGUGUGAAUAUAUGUAUAUGUGUACAUAUGGACAUACACAUUUACAUAUAUAUAAAGUAUAUAUAUGCAUAUAUAUGUAUGAAACCCGCAUGGAAUUAUCUGUAUGAAAUCAAGGUGAGCUGUGGAAACAAUAAUUCACCCAGUUUAGUGGGUGGUAGGGUACGUGGCCAGACAGUCACCUGGUUUUGGUUCAUACCAGGGUCAUGCGUUGAGCUACUGACAAACUCAGGCGGAGGUGACCAUGCCCUUCACCAAAGCUGCCUCCCAAUGACUGCCCAGAACUCUCCCUGCUGGACUUACCUGAGGAAGGAGGUUCCAGAACAAGAUGGGUCCAGAAAAUGUACUUAUAAGGUCCGGAGGCCGUGUGGUCUGCCAGCUGAGACGCUCCUUGGGCUGGCCCAGGUGCUGACCUUGCCACGGGCAAAUGAAUGUCCUGAAAGCUCCCAGGCAGGAACAAGAAGGUUCUCCUCAGCCUCCCUUCUCCUCCCCUUCCCAGGAAUCCUUCUUGAUCUCAUGACUAUUAAAAUGUUGCUUUGGUUUUAAGGUCAGUCCUGAAUUGGUCAUGUAUGUGAACUGAAGGUAACAGAAGUAUUAAGGGUUUGAGGAGUGUGCGUGUAUGUUAGGUGUGCUUGUGAGUGGGUGCUGCAUGAUGCAAAGAAUGGGAAGGGGGUGGGAGGGGUCGGAAGGGAAAGGAAAGAGGGAGAAGAAAAUCUUCCCCAACGAGGGCACCCCAGUGGGAGCAAUUUUCUCUAGCUGUCUGUAGCUGAACAGAGGAGACGCUGGAACUGAAUGGAAAGGAAACCUGGCUCAUGGAAGGUUGGCCAUCAUAAGGAGAUGUGUUUCCUGCAUGCCUGGAUCAGGCCCUGCUUCAGAAGAGACUCUGCAAGAACCAUUUUCCUGGGUGCAGCCUGGAGUCUCAGGCCCUCAACGGCUUUCCGGCUCACAUGUGUUGAUCGGUGGGUGUUCUUUGUACUAUUAAAUUCUGUGCUUGCUCAGCUGCAAGCCCCGAGUCUCCAAUGGCUAAAUUCACCUGACUUUUCAACAGGCCAAAUCUCUGCUCCUUGAGUACAGGGACAACUCUUCCUCCCUCCUCCUAGGUCCCCCUAUUUGUGUGAUAGUGUAUUUAAUGUGUUUUUUUAAUGCAACAUUAAAAGAUUCUUCAUGUCUUGCCCAGCCUUUGAGAAAAGUUUCAGAUUCUUGUAUUUGCUUGUUUUAUAUAAAACUAUCCAAUGUUCUUUGUAUGUUCUUUUCUGUACCUAAUUGGGGGGGGAGGGGAUUUACAUAUAAAUAGUCCUAGUUCUACAGUUUGUUAUUUUUUUAAUUAUUAUUUUUUAUCGUCAUUGUGAAGCUGUUCAGGGGCUUUAAAGUCUGUGUUCCUUUGUGGUGAAAUAACAUCCUAAUAGUUUGAGAAAUUGCCAAGAAGAAGAAAAAAGCAAAACCCCAGUAGCAGAGCAUGGAUUCUGUGUUGUUUUCCAUUCUGUCUAUUACUGCCUCAUUCAAUAAAUAGUUAAUAAUGUGGCAAGAGGAA